GGCGCGGGAUGCGGGCCUGGGAGGCAGCGGCGAGGUGCCCUUUGGAGUGGGGGCGGGCCGGGCGGCGGCCAGGCUCCCUCGCCCGGGGGCUUCGCACUCUUGCCCAGUCAUGGAGCUGCCCACACCCGGCGAGGUGCGCAUGAGCCAGGCCAUCCAGCCCGCGCACACCAACUCCCGCGGUGAGCUGAGCGCCGGGCAACUUCUCAAGUGGAUCGACGCCACCGCCUGCCUAGCGGCUGAAAAGCAUGCUGGGGUUUCCUGUGUUACAGCCUCAGUGGAUGACAUACAAUUUGAGGAGACAGCUAGACUUGGACAAGUUAUAACCAUCAAAGCGAAAGUUACUAGAGCAUUUAGCACAAGCAUGGAGAUCAGCAUCAAGGUCACAGUACAGGAUAUGUGCACUGGCACUGAGAAACUUGUUAGUGUGGCUUUCUCUACAUUUGUAGCCAAACCAGUUGGAAAAGAAAAGAUUCAUUUAAAACCGGUCACACUUCUAACUGAACAAGAUCAUGUGGAACAUAACCUGGCUUCUGAGAGAAGGAAAGUUAGGUUACAACAUGAAAAUACCUUUAAAAACUUGAUGAAGGAAAGUGGCACAUUUGAUGGUUCCAUUUGUGAUGAAGAGGAAGGAACGGUUUCCACAAGGGGUACCUUCGUGCAGAGCAUCGAACUUGUUCUCCCACCCCAUGCAAACCAUCAUGGAAAUACAUUUGGUGGCCAGAUUAUGGCUUGGAUGGAGACAGUGGCUACUAUUUCUGCAAGCCGCCUGUGUCGAGCGCAUCCCUUUCUGAAAUCCGUGGACAUGUUUAAGUUUCGGGGACCGUCUACAGUUGGAGAUCGUCUUGUCUUCAAUGCCAUUGUCAACAAUACAUUUCAGACCUGUGUGGAAGUGGGAGUGCGCGUGGAGGCCUUUGACUGCCAGGAGUGGUCUGAGGGCCGAGGCCGUCACAUCAACAGUGCUUUUCUCAUUUAUAAUGCUGUCGACGAUAAAGAAGACCCGGUCACAUUUCCCAGAAUCAAACCCAUGUCAAAGGAUGAUUUUAGACGAUACCGUGGAGCUAUUGCACGCAGGAGAAUCCGCCUUGGCAGAAAAUAUAUUAUUUCCCACAAAGAAGAGGUUCCACUUUGCAUACACUGGGAUAUUGGCAACCAGGUAUCUUUGAGUAAUGGCAAUGUGGAGGCUCUCAAAAAUCUGGCAGCCAAAAGUGGUUGGGAGCUUACCAGUGCUGUGGAAAAGAUAAAAAUAUAUACUUUGGAAGAGCAUGAUAUUUUAUCUGUUUGGGUUAAAAAACGUGCAGAGAGACCAGCGCACUUGGCUUAUCAUCUUUUAUCUGACUUUACCAAGCGACCUUUGUGGGACUCCCAUUGCAUGUCCUGUGAAGUCAUAGACUGGAUAAAUGAAGAUGAUCAGAUUUAUCAUAUCACUUGUCCUCCGAUGAAUGAUGACAAACCCAAAGACUUGGUGGUACUUGUAUCACGAAGAAGGCCUCUCAAAGAUGGUCACACUUACACGGUGGCAGUGAAGUCGGUUACUCUGCCAUCAGUCCCACCUUCACCACAGUACGUCAGAAGUGAAAUCGUAUGUGCCGGAUUUCUCAUCCAUGCUGUUGAUAGCAAUUCGUGUACCAUAUCUUACUUUAACCAGAUUUCUGCUGGCAUCCUUCCUUAUUUUGCUGGAAAUCUUGGUGGGUGGUCAAAAUCCAUUGAAGAGACAGCAGCCUCCUGUAUACAAUUCAUAGAGAAUGCUACUGAUGAUGGAGCUAUGCAUAUUUUAAAUGAUAAAUUUUAAAUUACCUGUCCUUUGAUGUCCCACUUUCAAUUUCAAGCACCCUUAGUUCUGACACUUGGCAAGCUUCUGGGCUACGAAAUAAUGUCAUAUCGGUCUAAGCAAAAAAUGCAGUUAUGAAGAGGUUAAAAAACAAAAAGAUUUGGGUGAUUUGGGUGAUUUUUAACAUUAAAAGUUUUAAAACUCUGUUGUAGAUCACCUGUGGCUCUGCUCCCUUCCAGGGAUGCAGGCAAUGGAAAAUUUCUCAUAGGCAAUAUUUUGUCUUCUGUAAAAUGGUGAAAGUUUGGUUAACAGAAUCAAAACAGUUUUAUGCUCAGGGCUGAAACAUAUUCUGGGUGAAAUUUUAAAAUUUUUUAUAAAGUCAGAAAUG